AUGGUAUCGCGAAAGCGCACCCGCUCCGAGGUGGACGCUGCCCCAGAGCAGCCACCUGAGGAGCCGGGCUUACUCCAGCAGCUUCGGAACUGCUGGGAGUUUGCAAGCCUCAUGCAAUACAUUGCCAUAUUCGGUAAAGUCAUGAAGAUUGACGAGGAUUUCGGAAUUGAGGACCUGGAAACUGAGUGUCUAAAGCCUACCCCUUCCGAGAAACUACUAGAGAUUGGACUCUGUCUAUUGAAAUGGGUGUCGUCGCAUCGGGGCCUCACAUUCGAUAACUUCGAUGAGUAUACGCGACGUCAGUACAAUGCGAAAGCACCACACAUUCCUAACCCUUUCGGGUAUGAGGAGGUUCCGAAUAGGUUCUUGGACUUCGAUGUUUUCUUGAAAUUGCGCGUCUUGCACCAGCUGUCGAUUUGGACCUUUUGGAAUCCCGAUCGCAUCCGCGAAAAGAUGCCGGAGCAGAGGGAAUUGGAUCAGACGGAGUGGCGUAUCGAAGAAAUAGGCUACGAUCGUGAAGGCCGUUACUACUAUAUUCUCGAUGAUAACAGGCUCUAUCGCCGCACCGACCCCCCUAUUCCGCCGCCAAAACCGGCCAAGUCGAAGUCGAGGAGAAAGAGCGCCCGCGCCAUGAGAGCCUCUAAACGAAGACGUGUUACAGGUGCCGAUCCUAUUGAAGAGUCCGAUGAGGAAGAUAAUGCUGUGAACGGCGACGCCUCAGAGGAUCCUCUGCAAGCGAUGACGUGGGAAUGCAUUGCCGUUACCUUAGACGAUUACAAGCAGUUCCUCGAGUCCAUUAGGAAGACAAGGGAUCCCAAUGAGAAAAUACUGAGGGAUAGGAUCGAUGAACAGGUCAUGCCCAUCAUUGAGAAGGAAGAGGAGGCGCAGGAGAGGCAGAAACAGAAGCGCGAGAAGGAGCUUUUCAACAUGCAGUUGCUCGCUGGCGCUAAACGAUCCAGUCGGAUCGCCGGAAAGGCUGAGAAAGAGCGACAGGAGCGUGAGGCUGCUGAAGCAGCACGUAAACGAGAGACGGAACUAGCCGCAGCCCGCAAAGAGGAAGAAAGAGUGAAGAAGCUGGAGGCGGAAAGACGCUCGCGCAUCAUGACCCGGGAACAGCGUACUAAAGAUCGGGAGAGGAAGCGGAUACUACAUGAAAGUGAGCUCCAACGCAUCAAAGAAGAGCAGGAGAAAGUUGCACGCGGCGAGAGCAGAGCUUCCGAGAGACAUCUUCAAGCGGAAAUGGAAAAGUACCGCAAGAAUCUGGAGGACCUCUCACAGGAAGAUCAAUGGAUAUUCGACUGCUCGGGCUGUGGUGUUCAUGGUCAGAAUCUGGAUGAUGGCUCUCACAGUGUUGCAUGCGAGUCCUGUAACGUGUGGCAGCACAGCAAGUGUCUCGGUAUCCCGAAAAGCGAAGCUGAACGAGAGGAUUUCCACUUCAUUUGCAAGGACUGUAAAAGACGCGAAGAGGAAGCGAAGUUGCCCAAACUUCCACCGUUGAAAUUCCGCGUCGGGUCGUCGACCUCGCCAUCCUCGACUGCGCCAGAAGGAGAUACCAAGAUCAAGGUCCCAGAUCCGGAACAGAGUCCUAUAUCGUCCAUCAAAAACGCUCAGCAUACCUUCCAGUUGCCUCUUGCAGGGUCUCCUCAAAAGCAACCAUCUUCCAUGCCUUCCGUUCCCUCACAAAACCCCCCUCAAUCCGUCUCCUUCCCUCCUUUGUCCCCCGAGCGCCGGCCUCAGUCCGCCCACACCACAUCAUUCAGCCCUCCUCGAGCCCCUUUCUCUCCAUCAAAGGGCUUGAAUGGAUUCACUCCGUCGUCUAAGGAACAGGUUCCGAAAUUGCCAUCCAUUCAUCAAGCAAUGCAUCUACCGCCUCAUUCUCGCGAGUCCUUCAACGGCGGGUCGUUUCCGGCGCGGCGACCAUCGUCCUCUCACUCUACGCAGAGUCCCACUCUGCCUUCGCCCAUUCAAAAUCGGCCGUCUAUGUCCCCAACCCAGGGAAACCGAGAUGUUGGUCCUCUUGCGGGGUUUCCGCCUGUAGCUCCGACAGAUCACUCAGCCCCAUGGACGCCAUACGGUCAACACCAAACCCCUCGUCCAAACACGGGCAAUCAUUCUUCCUUCUCUUCCUUGCAUAACGGGCGUACAUCUUUCAUGGCCACCCCGACUGCAAGUCGCUCCUCUCCUCCCCAGAGUUCCCACGGCAUGCCUCUUUCGGGAAUCAGUCCGACCAAGCAAUCACCCCGACCUAUGACAUCUGGCAGUGUCACUGGAGCACCAGUCCUUCCUCCGAUCCAGAAACUCGAGCCGAGUCCUAAAUUGAUGGGUCGUAGCUCGCCCGAUGCACCCAUUCCGCCGCCGGUCAAAUGCAUGACACCGGAGCAAGAGGAGCGCAGGCAAAGGGAAAACGCCAUGCUGCAGGCCCAGUUGCACGGGACCAAUGGCCCGCAUUCAGUGAUGUCGUCGCCGUCGCUCAAUCGUAUACCACCUUUAGGGCCUCCUGCGGUUGCACAACAGCCUGCUCCAUCUCCUCAGCCCGGUUCAAAGUAAAGUCUCCCGGCACUUUCUGCUUAUGUGCACUAGCAGAGCAGCUGGACAACAAAUAUUAUACCCCUCUCGUUCGACAUUGAAGCCGUACAUUCACUCGUCAUUAUGUCCUUGGCUCGGUUAUCGAUCACUUAAAAGCUGAAUCUUUUCAUUAUGGUUCGGUAGGUUGAUCUUGCAGCGCAGUAAAGCUUAAGCGGCCAAUUCUUAAAGGCGCUAAGGCAUGCGCGCAGGUCUUAUGUACCU